AUGUUCAGAUCACUCAGUAGCAAGAAUUCGACAUCCUCGUCUAAGCGCAAGAAGGCAGAUCGAUCAAGCCGACGUCCCGAAUCAGUAGCAUCCUCGUCGGCACAUCACAAACACUCUCGCAAUGACGAACGCUCUUCCAAGACUGAGCCCAGAAAUUCGACUUCGGCUCGAUCUCCCGUGAACGAUUCUUCUGGUCCCUCAUCCUACUACACUACUUCUGAUCGACUCCACCAGCUUGAGCCUCGAUCACUGACAGAGGAAGCGAUCAGGACUCUUAGUAUGCAAGAUGACGGAUGCGGAGAUGCAUAUUCGCAUGCAGAAGACUUGCCUCCAGGAGAUGCUCAUGCAGACAAGAUUCCACGCUCUCACAGAGCCUACAAGGAUGAAGCUGGCCCGCGAUAUAAUGAAAGUCUAGAACAUCACUCCCCGGCCGAGAACAUAGAGUCGAAUGAACGCUCGUUGCCUUACAAGGACGAGCCACAAACAUCAUUCGGUACAUCUUCCCAUGUGCAAGACCAAUUCCCAGGUCAGGAUCCUUCGACCUUUGCGCGUUCUGCAUUCAACCCCACUAUGGCUCAAGAUGCUGCUGCUACUUAUUACAAUGGUUACCGAGUUCAACCUACUUUUUCGGCAAUCAAUCAAUUUCCCCAAUCAGGCCCAGGAGCUGCCGCCGAGUACUAUUCUCAGGCUUCAAUGCAACCUUCUGAGGCUGGAAACCAACAUGUACCCGUGCAAGCCUUUAAUGCCCCUCAGAAUACAUUCCACCGCCCCACCGGACAGACAACAUUUUCCAACAGUCCUUCUUAUCCUGCUAACUCUUACACUACUGGUCAGACUGACAGCCAAGCCAAUGUCAAUGCUGCGACCGAUCUUUCUGGUCAGAACUAUACACACCAGGAGCCAUAUCGUCCUACCGAAGCUUUUGUUCAAGAACAUUCUACCUCGCAUGAAGCCUGUCAUCAACACUCUCAAUCUGAGCCUUAUGCAACCACCUACACUAAUCAGAGUUACAACACACCUUCGCCCAGCCAACUUCCGGGAUAUGGUAAGCAACCUUUGACAAACCACAACCUGCCACAUGUUGCGGCCGCCGGAGCAGCAGCAGUAGCAGGCUCUCAAAGCUUUCAUCACAAAAUGCAUCAUCACACUCACUCUGCUCCUUUCGGCAGUAACAAUGGUGGCAAGAUGUACUCCUCUCCUAGACCGUACACGUCUGGAAGUAUGGCGAUGCAGCACAAGCACAAAGGGCCUAUCAGCAGAUUUGUGGAUUGGUGGAAAGACUACGAAGAUGUGCGGAAGAUGGAGGAGUAUACUGAGUACAUCGGUGUGUGCAAGUACUGCUUUGACCCUCGAUCUACCGCUACGGAUGCUCCCAGGAAGCACUAUCGAGGAGGUCGACGGUCUUCUGAUUCAUUGCGAAGACGCUCCAGUGAUUCGCUCCGUCGCUCUUACACCAACGGGUCCAAGUAUGGCAGAAUUGACAAGGAUGCGAGGUAUCACUCAUCAGACAGCGAACGUCGUAGCAAGAAAACCAGCUGGCUGGGUGCUGGUGUCGCUGCGUAUGGCAUUUCAAAGGUCGGAAAGUCUUUAUGGCAAAACUCUCGAGACUUUGACGACACCUACAGUGUCAAAUCGGGAAGAAAGAGUGACGUCUCGAGACGUAGAGAGGUAACUAGCAAUUCUUCUUCGGGUCAUGAAAGCAGAUCAGAGCGCAUCAACGACCACAGAAGGAUGUACGUUGAAUCGAGUGACCGCCUCGAAACUGGUACUCAGAGCUCAGCCAGACGACCAGAAUACACCAGGUCUGAGUCGAAACGUAGUCAAGACGGCCGUUAUAAAGGCACCAAUUCAGGCUCUGUGAGUGUAGGAGUCUCGCGGCCAAGCCAGGAACAGAUCCAUGUUCGUCAUCCUGGCCCUGGAGUCGAAUAUGAAUCACCACACCCGGCAUCCCGCCGAGGCUACAAAAGCCGAUCCAGAAGUCAAAGUCCAUCGCUGGCUCAGAUCCUAGGACUCUCUGGUUCGCAGAAGCGCACGUCAGCAACAGCUUCACGCUCAUCCUCACCACAGCAAGGAGGUAUGUUUACUGGCUUCUUCACCACACAACCAAGCAGGAGCAGAUCCAAGCAGAGCAAGAAGGGGUUCUUCAACUUUGCCAAUUCAUCUUCGUCGUCCGCUGACUCUGGUCUCGCUUUUGGUGGUCGUCCCAGCAAGAAUGGUAGCACAUCACGAAGGGUCACCAAAAAGAGUUCAGACGAGCAUCUCAAGGCUACUUUAUUAGGUAUCGGUGCUACUGCCGCUGCUAUCAGCGCAGUACAGCGAGGCAAGUCAGGCAGCAAGAAGUCAAAUCGUACAAGACCGCGCAACCAGGACAUUCGUUACGGCACACAGCGAAGCAAAGCAGACACCAGUGAGGAAGAUGGCUGGGAGUCAGCAACCGAUGAUGAGAGUGUCUCUUCUGGCCUCGCCUUUGGUGACUUUGAUGGCAAGGUCCCUAGAUGGCAACGCAGAUCUGAGUCAAUUACUUCGCAAAGUUCUGGUACUGACAAAUGGAGCUGGCGCUGGCGUCGCAAGCCAAACAAGAAGAUUACUGCUGACGACAUGUCACAAGACUAUCACGAGGAUACUUACUCCGGCAAAGAGCCUAGUGUAGCCUCAUCGCAGCCACUGCAAUACGUGCAUCCGGUACCAAUUUCUAGCCCGAUGUAUUCUGAAACACGGAGCGAUCCAUCGAUGCCCGGGGCAUUCCCAGAAAAGCAAUAUGCUAGUGAACGCAUACCGAUACAACAGCCACAGCCUGUUGUGCCUCUGCAAUCUAACAUCUUGCACGACCAGACUCCGCCUCAUGCCUCUCAAUUUGAUCAGCCUAGUCCUCGGGUGACCACCCGUCCUACUAUACCCACAGAGUUGAGGCGCACACAAUCAAGUCCUGUAUCAAGCCACACCAUGCGCAAUGCCGCAAUAGCUGGACUGGCCGGCGCGGCUGCAGCUGGAAUUCUCUCCAAUGGUAGAAGUCGAGCUAGAGACGACAGUCCUAGCAAUGUCCGCUUCGAGCUUACCGAGAAGCAAGCUCAGAAAGAAGAGCGUCAACAACGUAAAGACGAUGCUAAGGAGAGUAGAGAACGUGCAAAGGUAGAGGCUAGAGAGAACAAGGAGCGUGCUCGUCUCGAUCGCGCAAGGGCAAUGCAAGAAGAGUCGGAACGAGUAGCUGCUGAAAACGCGAGGCGAUAUGCUGAAGAAGCAGAGCGUCAGAAGUUCCUUGCCGACCAAGACGAAGAACAUCAAGCUCGACUGCAAAAAGCAGCGGAUGCCGAAGCCAGAGAGCGGGAAGAAGAUCGCCAAAGGGAAGAAGAGAUCAAGGAGUUCAUGAAGAACGCACUUGCCGAGCAAGCUCGAGAGGCGGAAGCGAAAAAGCAGCGUGAAGCUUGGGAAUCCCAUCGGAUGGCAGCUACGGGACAGAUCUCUUCACCAGAUUCGCGCUAUUCUGGUGACCGAUCUCAACAGGAUGGAAACAGCUCUACGAACAUGCCUUACACCACUCGUUCGUACGAGCCUUCGAACGAGCACAGUGGUCAACCUCUUAUGGAUGAUGACCUUAUCGACCCAGAUUUCUUCACUCGCAGGCGUAGUCACAGCGAGCUAGCUCGACAUGAAGAGCUCGCUAGAAAGGCAGCUGCAAAGAUCAUUGCUGAUCUUGAGGACAAAUACAAGGAUCCUGCACCAUCUCAAGCCGAGUUUUUUGCACCCAAGGAGCUCUUCGAACCGUCAAAAGGCAAAACCAAAGUCCAUGGACCUAUCGAUGACGAUACCGACUACCGUGUUUAUCACAUGACGGAAGAUCAGGCUGCAUCCAUGCCCAAGGAACCACCACCUCCAUACCAGCCAUCUUAUCAGUUUGCCAACUUACGGGACCUCAAGGGCACGGCACCAUGGGAUAUUCCCAAGCUCAAUGUGAUUGCACCUACACCACCUGCAAGCUACGCCGGUUCGGCCAAAGGCGAUAAGUCGCCAAUCAGUGCUUCAAAGAAAGAUGUUCGCAAACCCAGCCAGAAGUCUGACACUGACAUUGAACCACAAAAGUCGAGUAAGGUCAGCUGGGGUGAAGACCAGACUCGUUUUUACGAGAUCACGACUCCGCAAUCAUCGCAAGAGCAAAUCAGUUCUGAGCUGCCUCAUGGAGAGUAUGGAUCGCGCACUGGAUACGUGAAUCCAGAAUCAGCUAAAGCAGAAUUUAGUGAUAGCAGGGAUGUGACCGAUAAUGCAAACUCAAGCAACGAUGAGGUAGAUGAACCAAUUGAGGAGAUCUUCCGAGACCCGCUGUUCACCUCUUCGGGUCGCUUAUAUCAACAACCGUUUGUCGAGAGUGUCGACGACAUUUCCUUCACCAUGGACUCACCAGGUACCGAAGGCGCACCCCCAGUACAAGGGUUCAUUGAGGGUGAGAUCGAUGAUGUGGACGAGAUUGAGAACCAAAUGCCUCAUGUUCCUGGUGGCUUCGAGGAUACAACUCCGGCUCCUCAAUCUGAGGAUACGUUCAACACAGAUAUCCAGAACCUCAGUCGCGAGGUCAUGCAAGAACAACAAGCUCCUCGCCGAUACGAACCUUCGCAACAGAGCGAGCCAUCACAGUUCUCUGACCGAGACCAGGAUGACUACUUCACGACCGGGAAGCAGCGAAGGAGGCGAGACAAUGAAGCAAGAAGAACAUCUUUGGAUCAAGACAGAGAUCGACAGUUGCCGGUUCAUGACCAUCGCGCUGCAUCACCUACGUACCAGACUCAUGCCGAGUUGACAGAAAAUGACCCUGCACCGAAGCAAAAGCACUCGACUUUGAAAUCCGGGCUACCAGAUGAUCUCAGCAAUGCCAAACAAUCCUCAGGCUAUGCUGUCGCUGGUGCAAUGGCUGGUGCUGCAGCUGCGGUUGGUGCUCUCGUCAACAAUGACAGCUCUCGAUAUGCAACUAGAAGAAUGAGCGAGCCAGAAGUCGAACGCCAACGCGAGAGUCGUUCACAGUCACAACCUCGAGACACUGUAUCAAGAUCCACACCUACGUCACCGGUAUACGAGCGACGACAAUCCUUGCCUAGUCACGCGUUUGAUGAUCUUGAUAUGCUUCCUGGCAGUAAGAGGCCGAAGAAGUCGAAGAGGAACAGUCUGCUGAAUUAUCCUACUAUCGGAUCUCCACUCCGAUCUGCUAUGACCUGGGACGAAUAUAUUGAGCCUUUGGAUACUGCACAACAUGAUAAGCCUGCGCGUUCACAAUCGGACGAGAAUUGGGACGAUCUUGAGAACCCUGUCGAGGAUACCAAUAUGGAAAUAAAGAAGGACCUUCCUUCACCUGAAUCUGAACGUGGCGCUGCCUCUGUUGUCUCUGCUCCUGUUGGCGACGAGGAGAACGGUCGAAGACGCAAGAGUAGAAAGUCGCAUCGUGAACGCGAAGGAUCAACUUCACCUCGCAGAAGCGCAUCAGUCGCAAUGUCUGAGCCCUUCGAAGGUUCUCGUAGACACAAAAGGCGGUCACACCGUGACGACGAUGGCUUCGAGGAUGCAACAUCAGCUCGAUCCCGUAGUUCCCACAGCUCUAAAAGAGAUGAGGACGAAAGCAGAAGCAAGAAGAAGGGUGGCAUAUUGAGUCUUUUCCGACGCAAGACGUCCGAUGAUAUUCUCAGCAAUGAGCAAAAACGUACCAAUGGCGAUGACGAACGAUCUAAGCAUCAUCAUCGCCGUCAUAGCUCCGAGUAUGCAGUCGAUGAGUUCAAUGAACGCCGAGGCUCGACCUCCAGAUCUCGGUCACAUGCCGAAAAAGACGAAGCUUCAUCGAGACACUCAAGCAGUUCUAGACACCGACGAAGACACCAUCGUGAUGGGAGUGUAGAUGAAGAUGACGCUGGCUCUCAAGUGUCGGAGUCCAGGCGACGCCACAAGCAUCGCAGUAGGGACCACAGCCGUUCGCCAGAGAAGGAGUUCAAUGAUACUCAGUCCCAGGCCUCGGAAUCAAGGCGCAGACAUAGACAUCGUGAUCGAGAUCUGGACCUGGACGAUAGGAGAUCGCUCUCGCGAGGCAGCAAGAUCAUCAACGACGAGGACAAGUCUUUUUUAGUGGAGCGGGUAGAGGAUGAAGAGCCCACCCCUCUACCCGUGGAUGAUGUCCUGUCAUCAUCACAGGCUCCAGCAUCAGUCGAACAAUCACAAGAGCCUAUCUCGCGGUCAACAAGUGACGAGAUCGAGAUUGUGGAGCAACCUGAUGAAUCGACCACAUCCCCAACAGUCUCCGACGAGCUGAAGGAUUCUCCAGAUGUCGCGGUACCGGCCAACUCUGAUGAAGCAAAUCGAGAGGUCGUGGAGGCGCAAUCUAGUCCAUCACCAUCAGAAUCACUAUCGCCUCCUCUCGAACACAUGACACCCGCGAGGCCGAUUGUUCCAUUACGAAUCAGCUCAUCUACAGCUGUUCCGUUGAGGUUUCGCUGCCCACCAACAUCUCCUGGUCUUCCACGAGAACGCUCAGCCAGCUUCAGCUCUUCUGUUGCGCAGUCACCCUCAUCUCCAAUAACUCCGAAAGCGAAGAGACCAUUAUCCACAGAGUUCAUGCAUUCGACCGAGUUCAGACCGUUGUACCUGCUCGAACGCACACGCAAGCCUCAGGAGCAAGAAGCUGAACAAAACUUGCCAAGUCUACCUCCAAGUCGUAGUGCGAGCUCAUCUAGCUUGCAAAGCAGUGAGGAUUGGCAGUCUGCAGCCGAAGACUUCGAGCCCGGCGAACAGGACGACUUGGGCGCACCUGCGUUUGAUCAAUUCCACACAGAUGAACCUGAGGAUGUUCUGGAUUCCGCGCAGACCACGCCCAAAGCGACUGAGUUUCCUAAGCAUGUUUUAGAGUCUCGUCCUCAUCUAGAGCCUGAGUACUACACAUGGAGUGACAUGGAGCGCGAGGAACACUUGCGCCGAGAAGCCGAGAACGAGCACCAUGACAAGCAGAAAGAAGAAGUUCCUCCACCAAGCGAUGAACAGACUGGGCCGAUCUCUGCUGAGAACACCAUAUCGCCGAGCGCGGACACUGAAAUUGCUGUCAAUCAAGAUCCCAUGGCAACGGAUGUAUGGGGUGAGAUGAGUGACGAAGAAUUUCCCAGUACGGAGGUGCCUGUCCGUGAAGAUUCUGCAGAACCUACCACGCAACCGCAAGAAUCAGAAGCUGGCUCGAAUCCCGCAGUCUUAACCAAAAAGCAUAAGAACAAGAAAGCACCCAAACUAGGAACCUCUUCCGUCUCCGAACUCACAAGCCCUGUUCGCGAAACUCCAGCCGAGCUGGCAAGAAGGCGAGAAAAAGAUGCACAAGAUGCUGUUGAUACUUGGUUCAAGCCAGAGGCAAAGCCAAACCAAGAAAGCCCCGAUAAUGCCAGCCUUGUACCUCUGCCAGAAUCGACGACCCCUACCGAAAAAGAAACUUCUGGUCCAGCGCAAGACAGCGAAGUUCCAACUCCAGAAAUCGAGCCUGGCUCUCCACUUCUGUCACGCAAAAAGUCAAAGAAGGGCAAGAAAAAGCAGAAAUCUGUGGUCUUGGAUGAGCCAGAUCCUGAGCCAGCACCAAGCGAGAAACCCCAGGAGCCACAGCUGAUUGCGAAUAUGGAGCCUCAGCAAGAGGUCCCUGUAGAGGUUCAAGCCCAAGUCGAAAUUGAAGAGGGCCAGACGAGAACAGUAUUCGAAGAGACAGCCCAGGGACAAGAGUCUGUUCCCGCACCCUCAGAGACAGUCAGCCCAACCGAGCAUAUUGUCGAAUCUGCUACGCCUCUUGAUGAUAUGCAUUCUCAUGAUGAUGCGCAGACCGAAGAGCCAGUCUACACUAUGUCCAAGGCAGAACGUAAGAAGAACAAGAAGAAGGCAAAGAAAGCUGCUCUAUCGAUUGCGGUCCCUGUCAUUGCUGGAGCUGUGUCAGCUACUUCAAAAGAGCAUGACACCGAGGAGCUAGCUGCAGAAACCGAGCCUGCGCUUGUCAAAGACAGAGAGGACAAAAGACCCGAUGACGAGAUGCCCGGAGAUGCUAUAAAGCCAUCGUCAGAGAUUGACACAAAAGAGCAACAAGUCGCAGCGGCGGAGCCAAUGAGUCCUUCUCACCCACAUGCUGAGCUGCCACCUGAACAAGUAGCGCUUCCCCAGGAGAUCCAUAACUAUAUGACCGAGUUGGAAGCUGUCGAUCCUGCUGCGGAGCUAGCUACAGAAUCAACGCAUGUACCGGAAGCGCCUCUCAAGGAACAGACUCAACCUAAAUCCGGAGAAGUGCUUGAGGAGGAGCCACAAAACCCAUCAGAUACUGCUCCAGAAGCAACGAGUAUAAGAUCGUCUUGGUUCUCUUGGCUGCCAGGUAGUAAAAACCAGAUAACUGAGGACUCUAUGGCUGAGUCGAAGGCACCUGAACAUGAACCGGAAGAGGCCAUUGCUCUGACACAAGAGCCCUUCGAGCGGCUUCUUGAGCAGCCGAUGCUUCAUCCUGAGUUUGUUGACGAA